AUGUUCAAUUGCCCUGUGUGUAAAAGAAGAUUUGUUCGUCUAACAUGUCUUCAAAAUCACAAAAAAGUUCACAGAAAUUAUUAUCAAGCUAAAAACGAUAUUGAUACUAGUACAGAUGAGAAAGUUGAAGAUAUUACUGAUACUAGUGAUGAUGAAAAAGUUGAAGAAGUUACUGAUACUGAUAUAGAUAAAAACAUUGAAGAUGUAACUUAUAUUAGUACAAAUGAAAAUGCUGAAAGUGUUACUGAUAUUAAAAAAGUUGAAGAUGUUACUGAUACUAGUGCAGAUGAGAAAGUUGAAGAAGUUACUGAUACCGAUACAGAUGAGAAAGUUGAAGAAGUUACUUAUAUCAAUACAAAUGAAAAUUCUGAAGAUGUUACUGAUAUUAGCAUGAAUGAAGAUGUGAAUAUUCAUAGUUUCGAUACAGAUAAGAAAGUUGAAGGUGUUAAUUAUACUAAUAUAGAUGAAAAAACUAAAAGCAUUACUGAUACUAGUAUAGAUGAAGAUGUAAAUAUUUAUAGUUUUGACAAACUAGAAAUAAUGAAUAUUAUCGAUGAUCAGGAUAUUUUUGACCAAAAUAUUAUGCAUGAAACGAAUCAAAUAUCUGAAGAAAGUGAAAAUAUCCAGGAAGCUGCUAAUGAAUUCUGGAAUGAUAGUAGUUAUUGUAGUGACACUAAUAAAGUGUUUCCACAUGAGGCAUAUCAAGAUUUUGUUGAAAUGGUAAUUAAAUACCAGCUUUCUUUUAUGGCUGGUGAUGCCAUAUUAAAGUUUGUAAAAAAAUAUAGUCAAAUUCCAAAGAAGGCUUUACCUCGAUCAACAAAAGAAGGUCUUAGUUUCUUAGAUACUUUGAAAAAAAAUCAUACUGAGUUUUUUUCAAUCCCUGUUGCAGAAAUAAAGGAUCAAGUUUACUCAUUUGAAUAUCAAUAA